AUGGGGCCUCUGCAAGAGCUAAAAUAUAAAAGGAGAAAGAAAUUAAGCAGGGUAAAUAAGGUGAAGAAAGGAAAGGCUAAUCCUGGAAAUAGUAAUAUUCCCCCAGCUGAUGUGAUGUCAUAUGCAUCUGAUCAUGGCAUUCCAGACGAUGAAGAUGCCCACAAAUCUGGCGAAGAUAACCAAGAUGGCCAUAAUAGAAAAGGCUACCAUCGCCACACCCCUCAACAAAUUCAUGAAAUGGAACAGUUUUUCAAACAAUGUCCUAAGCCGAAGAAACCGCAAAGGGUACAACUUGCCCGCGACUUAGGAUUGGAUCCAAAGCAAGUGAAGUACUGGUUCCAAAAUAAGCGUAUGCAAAAUGAAGCACACACAAAACGUGCGAGAAAUGCACAUCUCAAGCUUGAGAAUGAAAAGCUUGGUGACGAGAACAUAAAGUUUAAAGCAGCUCUUACCAAUGCUUGUUGUUUGACUUGUGCUAAGUCUCAAGCUACAAGUAAUGAUUCUCUUGAUCGACACCAGUUGAGGGUGGAGAAUAUUUGGCUUAAAGAAAAGGUUGCCCGUUUGACAGACCUAAUGGCCAAAUACGCUGGCAAGAAAUAUGCCAAUAACAAUGUUGGUUCCUCUUCAGUUGGUCCAAGUAGCUCUGCUAAUCUUGAGGCUAUGAUUGCAUCCAGAGAAUGGCAACAAAAUUUCACUAAAGAGACAGUUGUUGGGGAAGAAUUAAUUAGGUCAUUAUCUGGACAGACCAUCAUUGAUAAGACAACAGCUACUAUGCUUGUGAAUUCAGCUACGGAGAAGCUUAUCAGGAUGGCUGAAAUUGAAUAUCCUCUAUGGAUUCCAAUCAUUGAUGAUAAGAGCUAUCUGCUGAAUCAAGGUGCUUACUAUGAUAUGUUCCCCGGAGGAGUUUGGCCAAAACUAGCUGGAUUUAAUGUUGAAGCAUCCAAGGGAAACGAUAUAGUCAAGAUGAAUCAUGCAAAUCUAGCGAAGAUUUUCAUGGAUACGGAUAAAUGGUUAGCUGUAAUCGCUAACAUUGUUUCAAGAGCUUUAGUUGUAGAGGUGAUAACAGAAGGGUCUGAGUUUGGAAGCUGCAAUGGAACUUUGCUAAUGGUUAUAUGGAUUGAACAUGUACAAGUGCAAGCUGAAAGUGUUCAGUAUUUAGGAAAGCCCUUUGUUGAGUCAGGUUUUGCAUUUGGAGCUCCUCGAUGGAUUUCAACAUUGACUAGACAAUGUGAACAUCUUGCAACUGCAAUGCAGAUGAAUUUCUCCCUUUAUAAUGAUUCUGGGCAGUUCAAGCAGUAUGUUGGGGCUCAGUCAUUCUUACAAUUGUGUGACUGGUCGUCUCAGUCAGGGUGGCGGUUUGGAUUCAAGCUUGUUUGUUGGAAGCCAGGAGUAAUGGGGGAGCUAACCUUGAAUACGGAUGGCUGCUCCAAGGGUAAUCCAGGGGCAUGUGGUGGUGGAGGGGUGUUAUGGGAUCCGUCGAGGCGCCCCUUGGUGGGUUUCUCGGCUUUCUUUGGGGUGACGUCUAGUCUUCAUGCUGAAACCCUUGCUCUAACCCUUGCUCUGCUUACGGGACUUUGGAUAUGUGCUCAAAAGGGAGAGGUCCAGCAAAUAUGGAAGUUGGCUGGUGAUCCGGCUAGGCUUUCCCACUGUUUCAGAGAGACAAACAAGGUGGCAGAUAUUUUGGCUAAUGUCGGGGUAGCCCACCCUCACCAUGCUGUCAAACUCUAUGAGCAUUGGAGUGACUGGCCGAGGUUGACCCGAAGAGAAAUUGGACUCGAUAGUAUAGGGAUGCGUUCUUUUCGGAGAUUUCGAACCCCUAGUGCAGGGCUUUGGAUAUCUGAAAAGUCAGCAUUCGACUACCUACGUGACACGAGUACUCGAACUCAGUGGGAUAUUCUCUUUGAUGGUGGAAAUAUCCAAGAAAUGAUGCAAAUAACUAGUGAUAAUGAAUCCGGUAGCUGUGUCUACUUGUUGCAGGUUUCAUAUGCUUCCCAUGUGCCCCUGUUUCCCUAUUUUUCUGGUUCUGUUGCUUUUGCUUUCUUCCCACUAACUUCUCUUUCUUUUCCACUGGCAAUGUUGCUCUGCCGCUUAGGCAGAAGGUCUGUUGUGAGUUUAGCUGGUUUUAACUGGAAAGGUCUGCUAUGUAGCUUAUGUUCGUCAAUGAUGUGA